UAGACAAAUCGAAGUACGUGAAUUUGAAACUGAGAAUGCACGUUCACUUAAAAUGGCAAAUUCGGUUAAUGUUUAUAUUUUAAAAGAAAGAAAUGAAACAAACUAUAGUUCUGUUGAAAUUAUAUGUGUUCUACUGGAUUUAUAAAUUGGAUUAUUAUACGACUACGAGUAUUUAUCUAUUCUGUAGUCAUUACAGUUUAGUAUUUAUAUCCAAUGAUGAUAUGUUGAUUUUGUUUUCACUUAAUCGAAGGACGGAUAUUACAAGUAGCGUAUGUUUUCUUUUUAAAACUUCAACAGGCAACGUCAUAUUGAGGAGCCAAGUUUAAGUUGUAACAGUGAUCGUAUUUUGAAUAGCAUAUAAUGCGAUUAGGUACCUUUCAGAGUGAUAUUGGAAUUUGUGUCAUGGGUUUUAUGGAUUGAAACAGAUCCAUUGUCAACACAGUGGGAUUGUUUUGUCAGCAGAUUUUAACUGUGUAUUGACCGUGGUUUAAACAGUCAAAGUUUUAUCAAUAUGCUGGAGUCCCAAAAAUCAGACUUGCACCAUAACUCAGAUGACAGGGACAUAACAAAUUCGCUGGUAAACAUCAGCGAUUUUUCAAAAUAUGUCAACUGGAACAGUAGGAACUACCUAUCGACACAAAAUGUGUCAGAUUGGUCAGAAGCAAUCGUUGGUUGGCGACCAGCGACAUCCCUAGGUAUUUUUACAUCAAAAUCAUCUAACCCUGGCACAACAUUGAAAAAGAAGAGAAUAUUAGAUCGGUCAGUAACUGAUUUACAAUAUGGAAAUCAAGGAAGUCAGUACGACGAUUACUGGUGUAAUAACAAACACCAGUCCCGUGUGAAAUGUGUGACUGAUGAAGUCGAAACAUUUCCUAUCCCACCUUGGAAAUCAAACAUUGAACAAGGCACUUACCGUUAUAUACCAGACAAUGGCAGUUACAGAACACACAAGUUCAUGUAUGAUGAACGAAAAGAGUGGUACACGAUCAGAAAGAAAUAUCCAGAGAAAGUUUCGUCAGCGUGGCAUCAAAAUUGUAAGCGUCUUCAGAGAGAAAUGCGAAGACAGUUAAAGAAGGAACUUAGUAAAUCUGAAAAAGAGAAUAGUGCUUCUCAUAGCAUCAGAGAAAACAGUGCAUGGAAAAGUAUAGAUGCAUAUUCAAGUGGUGGAGAAACUAGCAGAUCUUCUUACGUGUCAAAAAAUGUUAUCGAAAAAACACCACCACCUACAACACGACCUCCUCCGCAGUCAGAGCCACCUAGUCAAACAAAUAAAGAAAAGCAAACAAUCCAACCUUACCAAACUCCGGAAACACGCGUUGCGUUUCAUCACUUUCAAGAUACCCUGUCCCGGACAGGACAAGACCUUGGUGCAUCAAACCUUGAGCCCAGUGCCAAAUCUGUUUAUAGGCGAGAGUCACGUGUGAAAAGUACUCAUUCCGAUGGUGCUCUAAGCCAGGUGCGAAAGAUGAAAACUAUCCAUGAAAGGGAAUCGGAACCUCCGACACCCAUGCCUAACUAUUCAAUUCCUUCGGGCAGUCAAAUGUUAAAAUCGGCGAGUGACUUAUUUAUAGAAAAUUUCUCGACUCGUAUAACAGCUUUAGAAGACGAAAUAAAAAAAGAUGCAAAAUGGUUGCGCAAAAAUGAAAACGAGUCUACAAAACUACAAAAUAGUCGUGCCAGAUAUCGGGAACAUACUCGUCCAAAUUUCCGAGAAAGUGGCUCAUCUAGUGUUACACCAAGGUUACCACAGAAGACGGAGACGCUUACUACUGAUAUAUUUAGCGUCAAGCCUGUAGUUCACAAAGAAUUGAAACCGUUGGAAAAAACACGGAUUUACGUUAAACAAAACACAAGUAACCACCAACAAGGUGAAACGAACAAUGCCCACCCAGCAUUCCAAAACAGGAAUAAUUUUAACAAUUAUUUUACUAGUCAUAAUUACAAUUCUGAUUUUGAGAUGGUUCUAAGCGGUUAUAACACUCAAGCUGAUAGCUCUAAGCAAGCUUUGUGUAAUACACUUACAGGAACAAAGAUCAAUACCCACAACAAUAAAAAGAUUUCAAAGGGAUUUUCAGCGCCAUCUACUAUCACAAUUUGUGAUAACGUUCGCAAUUCAUCUAUUGAUAGUCCGCGCAAUGAAACUGACACGGAACCAUUCAAACACGUAGCAUUAUUGGACAAAAAGCCGGAGAAAAAAGAUUCUUUACAAAAUAUUCCCGCUUUUCUCCCGGAAAUAUCAGGGAAAAGACUACAAGUAAACAGCAUUUCACAUAGACUUCUGUGAUCAAUAUUGGACACUGUAUUUCCUUUCCGAAAGCGAUUUCCGUUCUUGAAAUGCGUUGUUGCAUUGAACUUUGCCGUCACUGCCUAAAGCCAUGAUGAACCAACCAAAAUAUAAAUUAUUCAUAAUUAUACGUUAACACAAUAUUAUAAUCAUUGUCCAUUCUAAUACUUUUACUUUUUUGUAAUAAUCAUAUUGUGGAUAAAAGUAAAUUUGCAUGCUAGUUUUAACAGCAAU